AUGGCGCUCUGCCUCAAGUUCAUCAAUGCUUUCAAUGUGGCCUACGUUCUGGUGCCCGAAAUAGAAGAGCAGCUCAGGAGGCAGUCAUGGUUCGCCUAUGUUCCGGACGUACACGACCUGAGUGGCCUUGUGGGCUCUCAAGCGUCGAGAUAUACCAUGCUGACCCUGGCCGUAAUAAGCAUCAUCUUCGACGCGUUCAUAUUUUUUGGCUCAAUGAAAAAAAGAACAGAGUACGUCCCGAAACCACGUCACGCAUCCGACAACGUAAGCCUGACACCACGUGCCCCGACUCUCGGUGUUGCCAACACCACGAACAUCGCGGGCAGCGGCAGUGGCAACGAGAGCAGCCGCCGGGUCCUCUCAGCGAAGGACCAGCAGGAUAAGCGGGAGAUACUCCGGAGAGAAGACUACGCCUACGACGAAUCAGCGCGGUCAGUGUCUGAAAUACAGGCAGCCGAUGACGAGGACGAAACGAAGGAGAAAAUAUUGAUCGCCGCUUUCAUGGAACCACCCACGGUACGGCAGUUCCUCCACUUCGGCUACGUCGUAAUGCGGGCCGUUGUCAAGUGCCAGAAGUUGGGAAUAAUUGUCCUCAUAAGCCGGAUGAUGAAGCAAGAAUCUGCAGCGAAAAUUCAGCGCAUUGGUUGAAUAUGUUGCGCCUGAACCGUUCUUUAUUUUAUUUUUUAAUCACAUCUUACCUGUGUCUCUACUGGCUGAUACAUUGCCUACUAAACUGUAUACUCACGCCACUACCUGCCUCUCCUGGCUGUGACAGCGCUGUGUGUGAGCUUUGCGCAAACUGUUUGCUUCCACUCAAUUCUACCACAUACAUCCCAAGUGCGUAAUAAUAUUCUAGCUUACAUUUGUUCUUCACUCCGGAUACUAGAGAUUCCAGAGCCGUGAGAGCUUAUAGAGUUUCCUACAACAUGAACUGUGGCGUUGUGGUCGUUCAGCCACUAUGGGAAUGAUCGGUAGUACAUGGA